CGUGAUGGUAGUUCGUGAAUGAAUCUCUGUAGCAUUUGUCAUUGAUGUGCUUUUCACUUGGGAUUCAUGGUUUGUUUGUCGUUAGGAAGUACUGUUGUGCUGGAAGUCGAUCGAGUGGAUCGCUAGUGUCACAUUUGGUGUAGAAUGUUUGUGGAGACUGAGGGUCGGUGGGUUUGAAAUAUUAUUUGGAGGUUGUCAUGGUGGAAAUUUUCGGAGAGGGGAGUUCUAAAUUGGCUUGGAUGCAAGGGAUGACAUCUGUGAUUUUCCGGACAGACAGAUUUCGUUAUUAUUUAGCAGUGGUGGAUGCUCGAAUUCGCCAAGUAGCCACAGUUUGGGUUUUUCGCUGAUUGGGCCUGUGUUUGUAGCGGCUAUAUACUCCCACUAAGCAUGAAGCAAUUCAACAUGCUUGAUAUCGUCCCCUCCAAGUUGGGAAUUGUGUAGAAUGUUUUCAGUUUUAUUUCAUUUUUGAAGGGAUUCUUCAGGAAGCAAGGAUUUGGAGAAUGGCGGAGGAGGAUGAAACGACCGUGAGGCAUGCAUACAAGGAAUCUCCUUCCUGGAGCUGGCCUGCGACCACAUCAAUGCAGAGGAAGUUCUCGUUUGGAGCGAUAUGUGGAUUUGCCUUGCUCCUGAGAAUGAUGCUGUCGCUGCAGCCUUAUUCAGGUGCUGGGGUAGCUCCAAAAUAUGGCGACUAUGAAGCGCAACGGCAUUGGAUGGAGAUCACUGUCCAUACUCCUGUGAAGGAGUGGUACGUGAACACAACAAACAAUGAUCUCCGUUACUGGGGACUUGAUUAUCCGCCCUUGACGGCGUACCAAAGUUGGAUACACGGACGUAUCAUACACGCUCUCGAACCCGCAGCAGUGGCUCUCAACACCUCUAGAGGACAUGAAGAUGCCAGAAGCAAAUUCUUGAUGCGAUGGACGGUUUUGUCAUCAGACAUCCUUGUGUUCUUUCCUGCAGCCUUGGCGUUCGUUUCUCUCUAUUAUAAGCUUGCGAUAUUUGAAGAACAGGCCUGGGCAUUGAGCAUGAUACUUCUUCAACCAGCCCUGAUUCUAAUUGAUCAUGGACAUUUUCAAUUCAACUGCAUCAGCUUGGGCUUAGCAGCUGGAGCCGCCGCUGCUGUUGUCUCAAGACACGAGCUUGUAGCAUGUGUGCUGUACUCCUUAUCGCUUAAUCACAAACAGAUGAGUGCAUAUUAUGCACCGGCAUUCUUCGCUCAUCUUCUCGGACGUUGCAUCCAACGCCGAUCUCCAGUUUUUGGUGUCGUGAAACUAGGAAUUAUGGUCUUGACUACAUUUACGAUAUGCUGGUGGCCUUUUCUGUCAUCCAGACAUUCUGCUUUGCAGGUUCUCAACCGGCUGGCUCCCUUUGAACGUGGGCUCUACGAGGACUACGUUGCGAACUUUUGGUGUGGGACUUCUAUGCUAAUCAAGUGGAAGCAGUUGUUCUCUGUUCCAGUGCUUGCACGGUUGGCUUUGGGCGCCACUAUCACUGCAGCUUUGCCAUCUAUGGUGCAGCAGAUUCGUGCCCCAAGUGCUCGAGGCUUUCUUUUGGCUAUGCUCAAUAGUUCUUUUGCGUUCUACUUCUUUUCUUUUCAAGUGCAUGAGAAGUCCGUGUUGCUACCGCUCCUUCCAGCUACUCUGUUAGCACUAGAAGAACCUGGGUUGUUGCAGUGGCUAGUGCCUUACGCUGUCGUUUCCAUGCUCCCUCUCCUUCGACGCGAUGACCUUGUAUUGCCCUACUUUGCACUCCUAGCUCUCUUCUUUCUCUUACUGAAGUGCCCAAGACAUUUCGAAUAUAAAAUCGCUGAAGACAAACUAAUUAAGAUUUUCAGGGCACCCAUUUUGAGAAAUUGUUCUUUAGCAGGAGCUGCUAUUCUUCAUCUGUUGUAUUUCUACGUGCAGCCACCCCCAAGAUACUCAUUCCUGUUUGAGGCCUUUAUUACUUCAUACUGUUUUGCACAUUUUCUAGUAUUAUUUAUUUACGCAAAUUGUAAACAAUGGUAUGUGCCUGGUGAUGGCCAGUGGGUAUCAUCCUCGAAGAAAAUUAAUUGACCUCCGGUCUGGAGCUGGGGUCCUUGGGUUGAGUUAUCUUAUAAGGUUACCCAUGAACUUUUUACAUACGAGACAA